GGUCAUACGUUCAUGCAAUUCUCGCUCGCCCAGUCGCACCUUCGUAGGAGCCUAAGCCUUAUCUCUCUCUCUCUCUCUCUGUGUUGUGUCUCCCAACUAUUGUUCCAUCCAUUCUUUUACUGUGUAUCCCACCUUUCCCGUAUAGGCUCCCCUUUUUUUCUGCAUUUUGGUUUCAGAUCUGGUGCAAGGCGUGGGUGGGGUUCUUGAAUCCUUGAAAUCUAUCUUCUGAAGGGUAGGCGUGGGGAUACCAGAGUCUUUCAGGGAAGGAAGAGAGGGGUCUCUCCGUUUUCAAUAGAUCUUUCACUGUCUUCUUUUGAGGGGGAAGCCGGGGCCUCGGCCUCGGCGGCUUUCAAAGCCCCCACCUGCACAGCCCUGUUGCCAAAACCCUAACCCUAUUUUUUUAUUCUAAUCAUUUUUUCUUUUUGAUCGUCGCCCAAGAAGAGAAGAUGCCUGCCCUGGCUUGUUGCGUGGACGCUGCAGCACCUCCCACCUAUGCAUUUGCCGCUGACAUCUCUUUUCCGGCGCCGGUCCCUUUCACCCCGCCCACCACACCCGACAACCAUUGGUCGCCCUCCCUCUCCUCCGCCCUCUACAACGUAGAAGGCUGGGGCGGCCCCUACUUCGCCGUCAACACCGCCGGUAACAUCUCCGUGCGCCCCCACGGCUCCGACACCCUCUCCCACCAGGAGAUCGAUUUGCUUAAGAUUGUGAAGAAGGCCUCCGAUCCCAAGUCUCUUGGGGGUCUGGGGCUUCAGCUUCCCCUCAUUGUGCGCUUCCCGGACGUCUUGAAGAACCGCUUGGAGUCACUUCAAUCCGCCUUCGACUACGCUAUCCAAUCCGAGGGGUACGGCUCUCACUACCAAGGUGUUUACCCCGUCAAAUGCAACCAGGACCGCUUCGUCGUCGAGGACAUCGUUAAAUUUGGUUCCUCCUUCCGCUUCGGCCUCGAGGCCGGUUCCAAGCCGGAACUGCUUCUCGCCAUGAGCUGUUUGUGCAAAGGCAACGCCGAAGCGCUCUUGGUUUGCAACGGUUUCAAAGACGCCGAGUACAUUUCUCUCGCCCUCGUUGCCAACAAGCUGGCGUUGAACACCGUGAUUGUUCUUGAGCAGGAGGAGGAGCUCGAUUUGAUCCUUGAUUUGAGCAAGAAGCUUUGCAUUAAGCCCGUUAUUGGGUUGCGUGCGAAGCUUCGAACCAAGCAUGCUGGCCAUUUCGGUGGGACUUCUGGGGAGAAAGGCAAGUUUGGACUCACCACCGCUCAGAUUCUGCGGGUUGUGAAGAAGCUGGACCUCGCAGGCAUGCUGGAUUGCUUGCAACUGCUGCAUUUUCAUAUCGGUUCUCAGAUUCCAUCCACCGCGUUGCUUGCUGAUGGCGUGGGAGAGGCUGCGCAGAUCUAUUGCGAGCUGGUUCGGCUUGGGGCCAACAUGCGGGUCAUCGAUAUUGGAGGUGGACUGGGCAUAGAUUACGACGGUUCCAAAUCGUGUGACUCGGAUAUUUCCGUUGGGUAUGGUCUGCAAGAGUACGCGGCCGCGGUGGUUCACGCGGUUCAGUGUGUCUGCGACAGAAGGUCCGUGAAGCACCCCGUUAUCUGCAGCGAGAGUGGGAGAGCCAUUGUGUCUCACCAUUCGGUGUUGAUUUUCGAGGCAGUUGGGAUGGGAGGAGGUUCUCCGGCAUUGUCUACCCAUUAUCUGGCGGAGGAGCUCUCGGAGGAUUACAGGAACCUCUCGGACGCGGCGAUAAGAGGGGACUACGAAACAUGCCUGGUGUACACGGAGGAGAUGAAGCAGCGAUGCGUGGAGCAGUUCAAACAGGGAACAGUGUGUAUGGAACAGCUGGCAGCCGUAGACGGCUUGUAUGAGUUGGUGAGGAAAGCGGUCGGGGCGGUGGAACCGGUUCGUACGUACCACGUGAAUUUGUCUGUCUUCACGUCGAUUCCCGACGCGUGGGGCAUUGAACAGGUGUUUCCCAUUAUCCCCAUUCAUCGCUUGGAGGAGAAGCCCUCGGUGAGGGGUAUUCUCUCGGACCUUACAUGCGACAGCGAUGGGAAGAUUGAUAAGUUCAUAAACGGGGAGAGUAGCCUGCCGCUGCACGAGAUGGAAGGAGGGAGUUACUAUCUGGGAAUGUUCUUGGGUGGGGCUUACGAGGAGGCGCUCGGCGGAGUCCACAACUUGUUCGGCGGCCCCAGCGUGGUGAGGGUGUCGCAGAGCGACGGCCCACACAGCUUCGCUGUUACGCGUGCCGUGCCGGGGCCCUCCUGUGGAGACGUCCUUCGAGUGAUGCAGCACCAGCCCGAGCUCAUGUUCGAGUCUCUCAAGCACCGUGCUUUUGAGUAUGUCACCCCUGACAGCGCAGCGGUUCUCGCCUCUGCCCUUGCUCGCACCUUUGAUAGAAUGCCUUAUCUGGUGCCGCUCUCUUCUUUUGAGGCCGAUGCUGCUGUUCCUGCUGCCCAAGAUGAGGCCGAACAGUGGUCUUAUUGCUGUGCUUGAGUCUCGUUUUCUUUCAUUCCCUGCUUGUCUGUUGCUUGUUUGUUGGUUGUUGCUGUUGGUCGUGGUCGUGGUCGUGGAGAUCUUCAUUUUUUUUUCUUUCCUUUUUUUAUUUUCUCCGUUUUCGUUGUUUUUAGUUUAGCACAGGAUGCAGGACAAGGACAGGGUCCGUCAGUCAGUUGUUCUCUGCAUUUUGUUCAAAAUGAAAUGUCUAUGACUUUCGUCAAGUUCUAGAGUAACAAAUUUUAUUGUUGCCUUGCUUGUUAUACUUAGAAUAAAAAUGUUCUGUUAUGGACAAGUUCUCAUUUUUUC